AUGAGUCCAAAAUGUCACCCUAUUCCCUAUAUAGUACAGGACUUUAGAGCAGUGAAGUGGCUUAGUCGCUCUACCCUCUCCCUGUCCCCUACCGCUCUGGUCCCCUACCGCUCUGGUCCCCUGUCCCCUACCGCUCUGGUCCCCUGUACCCUACCGCUCUGGUUCCCUGUCCCCUACCGCUCUGGUCCCCUGUCCCCUACCGCUCUGGUCCCCUGUCCCCUACCGCUCUGGUCCCCUGUCCCCUACCGCUCUGGUCCCCUGUCCCCUACCGCUCUGGUCCCCUGUCCCCUACCGCUCUGGUCCCCUGUACCCUACCGCUCUGGUCCCCUGUACCCUACCGCUCUGGUCCCCUGUCCCCUACCGCUCUGGUCCCCUGUCCCCUACCGCUCUGGUCCCCUGUCCCCUACCGCUCUGGUGCCCUGUACCCUACCGCUCUGGUCCCCUGUCCCCUACCGCUCUGGUCCCCUGUCCCCUACCGCUCUGGUUCCCUGUACCCUACCGCUCUGGUCCCCUGUCCCCUACCGCUCUGGUCCCCUGUCCCCUACCGCUCUGGUCCCCUGUACCCUACCGCUCUGGUCCCCUGUACCCUACCGCUCUGGUCCCCUGUCCCCUACCGCUCUGGUCCCCUGUCCCCUACCGCUCUGGUCCCCUGUCCCCUACCGCUCUGGUCCCCUACCGCUCUGGUUCCCUGUACCCUACCGCUCUGGUCCCCUGUCCCCUACCGCUCUGGUCCCCUGUCCCCUACCGCUCUGGUCCCCUGUACCCUACCGCUCUGGUCCCCUGUACCCUGUCCCCUACCGCUCUGGUCCCCUACCGCUCUGGUUCCCUGUACCCUACCGCUCUGGUCCCCUACCGCUCUGGUCCCCUACCGCUCUGGUCCCCUGUACCCUACCGCUCUGGUCCCCUGUCCCCUACCGCUCUGGUCCCCUGUACCCUACCGCUCUGGUCCCCUACCGCUCUGGUUCCCUGUCCCCUACCGCUCUGGUUCCCUGUCCCCUACCGCUCUGGUCCCUGUCCCCUACCGCUACGCUCUGGUCCCCUGUCCCUACCGCUCUGGUCCCCUACCGCUCUGGUUCCCUGUACCCUACCGCUCUGGUCCCCUGUCCCCUACCGCUCUGGUCCCCUACCGCUCUGGUCCCUGUCCCCUACCGCUCUGGUCCCCUACCGCUCUGGUCCCCUGUCCCCUACCGCUCUGGUUCCCUGUACCCUACCGCUCUGGUCCCCUGUACCCUACCGCUCUGGUCCCCUACCGCUCUGGUCCCCUACCGCUCUGGUCCCCUGUACCCUACCGCUCUGGUUCCCUGUCCCCUACCGCUCUGGUUCCCUGUCCCCUACCGCUCUGGUUCCCUGUCCCCUACCGCUCUGGUUCCCUGUACCCUACCGCUCUGGUCCCCUGUACCCUACCGCUCUGGUCCCCUGUCCCCUACCGCUCUGGUUCCCUGUACCCUACCGCUCUCUCUCCUCCCCUGACUGUUGCUUUUUGCAUUUUAAAACACAAAUCGUGACAUGACCCAGUAACGCCCCCCCAAAAAAAAAGUAAUUCAGGGUCUUCAUGAUGGAAUUUGUUUAACAGAAAUGAAAGACCACUAUUUUCCUCCCAAAUCAAAAUCACUGCCUUGCAUUGUAGUUUGACUGUAAAUGAUCUGUGGUGACUGAGAUGGGCAGGGUUGGUCCUGUAACCUCUAUCUGGCUUUAAGGGAAAGGGGUCACCUGAGUUUUUAUUAUUUUUAUUAUUAUUUUCUUUCACUCUUUUUCAUGUGUUUUUGUUUCCUAUUUUUCUUUUGGGACGGACUAGGAUCAUCUGCUCUGUUUCCUGUUUUGUUUGUUAACCCCCCCCCCCAGUGACCCAUUAGAGUGGUGGCAGAGGGAGAGGUGUAGUCGUUCUGGUAUAGCUGUCAUGGGAGCACUUUGUGUGAUGAAUAAAGAUGUAAAAACCUG